GUAAAGUUGCCAAGGUUGGAGACCUCUGAUCUAUAUUGCUCCUCACAAAAGUCAACUGUCCCCAAACCAAUUGUGAAACUGUUGAAAUGAGUGAAGAUAGUUGCUUUCAACAGUAUUGAAAGUAUUAGAGCCAAAACAAGCAAAAAAAAAGCUAAAAAAUUAACAAAGGAAUAAAGCAAGGCAAUUACAUUAGAGGAUAAUAAAUGUCAUAUAAAUAAAAGGCAAUGGAAUCAAAUUUAAUAAUUUAGCAGUCAUAUCUAGAGCAACUCUAGAAGUUUUAUUUAUGUAUUUUGUCGAAUACAUGUUAAAUAAUAUAUAAGCAUGAAUUGAAUACAUAAAAUGAAUACAAUUAAAGGAAACAUUAGGACAGGGACCGUAGGCAUGCUGGUGCCCCUUACAGAUCUCUUAGGAACGGGGUGAGGUCAACAGUAGACAGUCUUAGGUUAAAGUUUUGGAGAUUUGGGGAUGGGACUACAGAGUCAGGUAGUGCAUUCCAGGCAUUAACAACUCUGUUACUGAAGUCAUAUUUUCUUCAAUCGAGAUUGGAGCAGUUCACUUUAAGUUUGAAUCUAUUGUGUGCUCGUGUAUUGUUGUGGUUGAAGCUGAAGUAGUCAUUGACAGGACACUAUACAUAAAAGAAAUGGGCAUUUCCCCCACACACAGAAAAUGUGGAAUUCACACAAUUAAAAAAGCAAAUUACCAAAAGAGAAUUAAUCCUUCCAUAGGUUUGUUCAACUUUCUAUACAAUAUCAUACAACAUCAAUUGUGUUGUAAAUGUUGUACCUUGAUGAACAUAUCUUUUCUUUUAUGUACACUGAGAGCAUAUGCACCAAGACAAAUUCCUUGUGUGUCCAAUCACACUUGGCCAAUAAAAUUCUAUUCUAUUCUAUUCUUCAAUGAUAUAAUUGCAUGACUAAGACAUAAAAGGCUGCAAAGAAUAAACCUUAAUGUUCCCAGUGCAACUGCUCUUAUGUCCAUGAAUAAGUAUGAGGACAUGGGGCUAGUUCACAAUAAACCCUAACCUUUAAAAAAAAUUCUACCGAUUACAGCAACUCGUUGAGGAGACCAAUCAUUUGAAGAGAAGGGGGAAAAAUCUUUUAAGUCUUAAUUUCAGGUGGGCAGUCUCUGUCUAUUGGAAAGAAAAAGAAGAAGAGCUUCAUGUUAUAAGUGAGAAUACAUCCUCCUUCCUCAUCCUACUCACGCAGGUUUUCAUCAGGAAAGGAAGAAAGAAAAUGUUUAUCUUUAGAUUUUAGGUUAUAGGUAAAAACAAUUAAUCACAGAAAGAGGAAGUGCUUUAGCAGGGAAAUGUUCAAUUGAAAACAAACAUAGAUUGCACAAGGAGAAAAAAAUUAAAAUUACCCCUUUAAGUGCCAGAUUAGAAGUAAAUGCACUCAAUUCAAAAAGAUGAAAUUGAUAAAGGAGAAUAUUUCUAGCUCAGGGUGAAAUGAGGGGCCUUUGCAGAGGUGGGUUUCAGCAGGUUCUGACCAGUUCUGGAGAACCGGUAGCGGAAAUUUUGAGUACUUUGCAAAACCGGUAAAUACCACCUCUGGCUGGCCCCGCUCCCAUCUCUUCUCUGCCUCCCGAUUCCCAGCUGAUUGGGAGGAAAUGGGGAUUUUGCAGUAUCCUUCCCCUGCCAUGCCUACCAAGCCAAACCCACCAAGCCACACCCACAGACUGGUAGUAAAUAAAAUUGAAACCCACCACUGGGCCCUUGGUGCCUCUGAGCUUGGUUGUUUACUUGCAGACAUUUCAUUGCCCAGAUUUGGUAACAUCAUCAGUGCCAGUAAAGAGUGGGGUUUGCUCUCAAUUUAUAUUCUAAUGACAUGCCCUGUCAGUGUUGAGGGGAGUGGUUUUGGAGAUUCUUCGAUUGGGCUAAUUACAGUUAACUUCUUUGGAAGUUCCUUGAUUGGGAUAUUAUUUAAUUCUUGUUGUUGGUCUGAUAAAAUUAUGAAAGAUGAAAUUAUUUCAGUUUGCAAUUUUUGAUUAUCAACAUAAAUUGUUAAAAAAGAGAGUGUGUGUCCAUGUUUGAGCUCCUGGUAAGAAAUCUUGUCUGGCAGCACACUUGAGUUAUCUGCUAAAACUAGGAAACUGACAAACAGCAACUGGGAACUGUAGUCACCCAAAGUCCAGAAGGACAUCAGGUGUUAAGAGCAGUCAUAGGCAGAAACGUCAGAACAUAGACAGGCUGUAGAAAAACCCUCUUUCCCGUAAACAGGAGGUGGCUGGGACAAUUAUUAUUUCCUGAGUUUACUUGCCUCUUCUAUAUUUCACCUCUUUGCUGGAGAAUAGAGAUUAAGCAUACUUUGAACUUGUUUGGUUUCAUUCAGUGUACUCAUUCAUAACAUGUUUUGCUUGUUUCUGAUCUUAGAUAGAGAAGUGCUAUCAGAUAAACUCCAAGGCUUCUCUUUUUCUUUUUGAUUUGGUGAUUCAUAGGAAAGCCUUUGAAAUGUAGACUUUGGUCUAACAUCUUGUUUACAGACAAGUAUAAUUAUUCAAUAGGCAGAUUAUAUUAAUUUCUGGCCAAGAAUGCUGUCUGUGAGGCACUUUAUUAAUCAUAUUUAUAAACUUCAAUCAACUCAUAGCUUUUCUCAAGUCAUAUGAAAAUAUUUGAGGUGCAAAUUCUGGUUCUUGGAUGGAUUUUGUUAAAAGUUGCUCGUUUGGAUUAUUUGGGAUACAAGGAUAAAAAAACACAGAAGGCUCCAGUUAGAGUUCAGAUGUGAUGUUCCAUUGGAGGUGUUAUGAUUUAAUACAAUCAUUCUUCAUUCUUCAAGUCAGUUGUAAUUUACUGUAGUGGUCUUAUCUAUUCAUAAAUAUACUAGCAUCUAGAAAUCUGUGUCAAAAAAUGAAGAAAAAAUUCCUUUUAAAAAAUUAUCUACUUUGUGUGACAAUGUUCAUGAUACUUAAGAACCUUGAUUGCUCCCGUCCUUCAUUUCUCUUUUAAAGACUGUUCCUAUCAAUUCUUCUUCAAUAUCUUGUGUUAUUUGUUUGAGAUGUUUCUAUUGUCCAUAGCAGUAUCCACUGUAUCCCAGUCAGAGCAAGAUAUGGCUGCUAUUUGCUUUGGGGGAUAAUCAAUAAUUUGGGAAAGGUGACUUAAAUCCUAAUAAGAUCUUCAAACAGGCAUUUCAGCCAAGUCAUUCUCACCUCUGCAUCUUUCUUAUUUAUGAUAAAUGAAACAGCAAGAAAGGUUAUCCACUGUUGUUUGAUAGCAAUCUGAGUCAAUCAUGAAGACAGCAAAAUACUACAAUGCAUAAAACUCUGCUGCUUGUGGGUGAUGAGAAUUGUAGCCCAACACAAGGCUAGAUGGGGAAACAUGCAAAUUAUCAAUAAAAUUGAUGGGUGGGUCUAACUCAGCAAGAUAGAUUUAUUAAGGCUCUGCAACUGCCACACAAUCUUAGGGUUGGAAAACAUUUGGGUUUAAGGAAUUUUAUAAUGUUUUUUCCACCAUAGUGCAAUCCAAACACCCCCUUUCCUUCAAAUUCUCUAGUUUUUAUGACCAAUCAUAACUGAGUGAGAAUAUUAAAAUGGUAUUCACUCAACUACUUAUUGCUUCACUCAAAACUUUUGUUCCAGAGAGUAAUUUUCAUACUGACAAAGGCUGGUCAUCCAAAGCUAUCUCUAUCAUCUUAAUAAGUGCUGCAGAGCAACCAGCCACACAACACAUUGACACAUGGUAAACUCAAUGGCAACUUCUUGAAAACCCAAAUCUGUCCAUCAGAAGUCCAGUUGCUUCAUACUUUCACAAUAUGACUACUAGCUCAUCCAUUCUAGACUCAGGGCUUUAAUCAAAAUUUAAUUUGAAAUGGGGUCAAGCUUUGCAUUCAUGAUAGGAACAAUAUAUCUCCAAGUAUGUCCAGAGUCCAUUUUCUUCCAGACUUAGGAAACAUAACUCGCUCAAAUAUAGUUGGAAUUUAAAGCUCUUAAAUCAGCAACUUUUACAAUUGUGGGCAAACCUGGACUCUCAUAUCAAUUUUUUUCUUCCAUUCAAUCAUGUUUAAUUUUCAGAGAAUGGCUGGACAAGUCCUUGCAGUUUUCUUCUGAAAGCUUUCAAAAGUAUUUUGUCAUUGGCUCCUUCCUAGGACUGAGAGAAAGUGAUUGGCCCAAGGUAUUGCAUAAACCACAUUGACCUUGGAACAAGUUUCAACAUUCCCAUUUCCUCUCAAGGCAAUAAAACUUACAAAACAGGUUUCAGUGCUGUGACUGCAAGAGAGAAAUCACUUUUGGGCGGGAACAUAUCUGAGUCUUAUUGCUUGAGGAAGCAUACCUAAAAGCAGCAGUUCCUAUAAAGAAGAUGAAGAAACUUUCUUUAGCACUUCCAUAAGGAAGACAGCAUCAAAACAAGCCAUGGAAAUUGGAAUUUUGAGUUAAUUUUCUCCCUAGGAACAGGGGGAUAUCUAGAAGUAAAACCAGAAAUAAAACAAAAUUGUUGGUGGUGACUUUUCUUCAUCUCGACAUCUUCAUUGUGGAAUCGCAAAGAUUUAUAAAGUCAAGACAGCAUCUCAAGCUCAGAAUAUCCCUCUGACAAGGGAACACCAAGGAUUGUGGUGCUUUAUCCCUCAGCUCUAGAGGCAUGAGUUGGUUCUCAAAAAGCCUUGGGAAUUCCCAAGGGAGCACCGGGCAACUGAAAAAUCGACUGGAAGAUCUGAAAAAACCCUGGAAGAAAGAAGCCAGCCCUUCAGUGCUACAGCAUAGUGAGACCGCCAGACUAGCUGUGGAUGCCUUUCUGGAGCAAGGAGAAGCUGGCUAUCUGCAAGUCAUCGCUAAAGAAAAAGAACUACCCUUCCUCUCCACAAUGGACAUGGCUUACAUGAGCCAGCACAUCCAAAGCAUCCCAGGAUCUCCAAAGAAGGGGCUGGAAGCUGGAUUCUCAAGAACUGACAGCAUGGACAGGGAAUCUCUCCUCUCUGAGGUGACAUCUGGGACAUACUUCCCAUUAAUGUCAGAUAUUGAUCCCCCUCAACUGGAGCUCGGUUGGCCAAUGAUGCCUUCUGUCACAGUGCUCAACCGAACAGAAGUCAGCUUGUAUUUCCAAAGGGACAAAGCAAACAAUGUGAAAGAAUUACUUCGAUCUCUAAUAAGCAAGGCCAAGACAGUGAUUGCAAUUGUGAUGGAUCAAUUCACAGAUAUGGAAAUACUCAGUGAUCUGAUAGAAGCUUCAAACAAACGUCAUGUUCCUGUUUAUCUGAUCCUUGAUGAAAAAAACCUAAAGGAGUUUACAGAAAUGUGCAAUAAAAUGGAGGUCACCAUGGAUGACUUUCUGAAUAUGCGCAUACGAUCUGUAAGUGGAGAUAUAUACUAUAGUAAAGCUGGUAAGAAGCUUACAGGACAAGCCCUUGAGAAAUUUGUGUUGAUAGACUGUGAACAAGUCCUUGCAGGGACUUACAGUUUUACAUGGCUCUGCAGCCAGGUGCAUACCUGUUUAGUGAUGCACUUCAAAGGAAAAAUUGUUGAUGAUUUUGACAGAGAGUUCCGAUGUAUAUAUGCUGAAUCUAGAUCAGUGAAUCAACUUGGAAUCCCCACUGCUGAAAAUUCCACACCUCCUCCUUACAAGACCAUGCAGAAAUUUGAGCCCAUUUUAAAACAUAUUCAACGGAAUGAGUAUGAAUCCAUCAGUCCGUCAAGUACCCUUUCAAAUUCCAGUGUUGUGACCAUCAAGAAAUCACCAUAUCAUAACCAAUCAAUUCCCAAUGUAAUCUGUGAAAAGAAGGAAUUAACUCCAGGUGAAACAAGAAAGCCCAUUUCACGCUUAAUGGGACAUAAUGACUUGAGAUACCAGCCCAGGGAGUUGCUAGACUCUAACUUUAGUCUAUUAGAUAAAUUAAAGCUUCCACUCAAUGAUGCUUCUAAUUUAUUGAAGCUUAAGACAUCUUUGCUAUCAGUAUCUUCGCCAAUAUUGGAUAACAACAUAGGAAAUGGACAUCUUCCUGAGAAUAUGGGAACAAAAGAUAGCAAGAAGUUCCUUUAUACUCAACCAGUUGAAAAUGCAAGCAAACUACACAAGGAUGACAAACCAGUAACUCAUGGAUACAACAAAUUAGAAUUCACUAACAAUCCUAUUAAAUCUGUAAAUUAUGAGAUGAAGGGCACAGUUCCUAGAUUCCUUGAAGCCUCUGAGGAUAUGCCAAUGGAGAACAACAGCAACAUAAAUAGGGUUGAAAAAAGGAUGACUCUUGGUCACAGCAAAUUGGAUUUGAUUACCAACUAUAACAAAUCAAAAUCAAAAGCUGUUCAUAGUCGAUUUGAAAUGUAAUCUAACAAAAAUAUUUCAAAUAUGGAAUGAAAUUAUGAUAAUACAUCAGAUUUAGCUCAAAAAUAUUGGGAAAGUUUAAAGAAGCUUAAUAAAGCCUGAAAAAUAAUCAUAUACCUGUAAAAGAGAUUUAAGAUUGUUAUGUUUACAUCUAAUUUGAAAGGACAUGCAUUUUGAACAUUGAAAACAUUGUCUGGUAGUUUUGCCUCACAGAAAUAAUGAGGAUUCUUCAUAAUUCAGAAUUCCUGAAAUACUGGAGAGGCAUGUUUAGAACAAGGCUAUUUCUCAAUUUAAUAACUCUGGGGAGAGAGAGGAACUAUGUACCAAUUUAAACAAUUUGAUGAUUAUCAAUAUGUAAAUAAAAUUGGAUAUAUAAUGUAUAGUAGAACAAUUUGAUUUAAAGGGUUGGUAGAGAGUUUACAAUGCAUCUCUUUGAUAAAAGCAUAUAUCUUAAUUGCCCAAUGUGGAUUAUUCUGCAAUUCUGUUUAAGACAGAACUACAGAAAUCCCUUUACCGAAGUAGCAGAAAAUAAAGAAUUGCAGAAAUCAUAUUACAUAAUUCCUAACUUCCUUUUAAUAUUGCUGCUCAUUCAAUUGAUCAUCAUACACAAUACAGCCAUCCAAAUUACAGUCACCCUGACAUAGAAAAAAAAACCCUCUCAGUUUUUUCCUUCUGUUGCAAACAUGACAGAAAUAGGAAAAGACAAGUAAAAUGCAACUCUUAGUUUAAAUAUCAGAACAUUAACUCUAUGAAAUGAAUAAAUCUAAUCUCUUUGUUUCAGCAAAAAAUCUGCAAAAGUGUUUUGGCAGAUACAGAAAAAAAGAAAUGUCAGUAAUAUUGCAAUGAUUGCAUUGUAUCACGAUAAAUACUAAGAAUAAUAUUAAUUUACUUUUGUCUUAAAAUUUUCUUUACAAACUGCAAAACUAAGAUGCAUUGUAUUAAUUCUGUUCAUAUGUUGUAUGUUUUAAAUACAUUAAUAUAUAACAUUGUAAUUCAAAGUAGUCAAUCAGAUUUAAUAAUGGGUUUAUACAAUCAAAGCUGAGCUCAAUUUAUUUCCACUAUAAGUUACUUCAGAAGAAGCCAUUUUCUGUCCAGCCAAAGUGGUGUUCUUGUAAGUCCUCUGAACUCAAAGACAGUGUUCUUUGAAUGCUUAAGUAUAUGUCAGCAAUUAAACAUUUUAAUAAUUGAUUUUACUUUGUAUGGAAGAACGAAUUGUCACCAUUGACAUUUGUUAUUUCUGAAAAUCAAGAUUUAAUAUGCUUCCUGAGGGAGUUUAUUUUAACCUAGAUUUUUGAGAUUUCAUGAAGAAAUCACCAGGAAAGUUAUGAUUGUUUUAAUAAUAAAUAUAACAUUGUUUUAA